AUGCAGGUUCUAACGGACCAUCACCAGAGUGACGUGAUGAAGGUGGUGGCACAAGUUGUCAGUGGAAGGCUCUGGUUUCUUGACGAGUCAGGAGUUUGGUUCAACGACACCUUCAUCAUCAGCAAGGGAGUGCUACGCGUGGUGAAUGAGCAUGAUCAUCUUCCGGUCAUGGUGCAGGAGGCGCUAAGGUUGGACAUGAAGCACGUCGGAGUGAAGGUCAAGCCAGCAGGCGGCAUUGCCAUGGAACAAGUCAAGAUGUGCCUGCACGGCAGCUUCUCGGGGUUUUUCUAUGGGCAGGGCAUGAGAGAUGGAGUGCGUGGGAUCAACAUCAUCAAACAUGACGACACUGUGCAUCAGUUUGCCGUGGACACGCAGGAGGAGCAGCAGGAGUGGGUGACGAGCAUCAGGAGGCUGACGGAAGGCGGAUAUUCCUCCUGCUCCUCUCCCCUAUCCGACGUCGAUCCCAUCACGAUCAGCAAGAGCUGCGGCAUGUGUCACGUCCCCUCCACUCGCCUGCACGAGCUCACCGUGGAGAAUGCGAGCCUGCGAUGUGCUCUCAUGGCAGCUCUCGACCGACUGAAGCUGUUCUCCUUCCCAGAGCCAGCAGAGGAGGCGGGGCGGGACGAGGAAGAAGAACAGCUGCUGAAGGAGAGACGGGUCGUCGAUGUAGUGAGCGAGGAAGAGCAUGAGCGACACGUCAGAGCGUUGAAGUCGCAAAUUCACACGCAGGAGGAGGAAAUUUCAUGCUUGUCGUCAGAGCUCGCGCGACACCGUGAGGCGUACAAGGAGCUGGAGCUUGCUCUCAUGGAGACCUCUGAGCGAGUGAUGGUGAUGGAGGAGAUGGUCAGCCGCGCGUCGGAGGAGAGCAGGAGGAGCCUCGACGAGCAGAGCAGCUGCAUUGAAGCCUUGCAUGCUGCCGGGGAAGAGAUCGAGGCGGGGUUGGAGUAUCUGAGACACGAGCGCCAGCAACUGGGACGGCAUCAGGUCUUGGUGGGCAGCAUGGAGGGCAUGGAAAACCUCGCAUGCGGCAUUGAGCUCACGCUCUACUCGCUGUCAGCUUGUGUCUCUCAGCUCGAAGCUGAGCUCUGCUUGCACGUGGAGGGGGAGAUGCAUGGGGCAGCGCAAGAUGCAGCCAGGCAGCCGAUGCCGCGGGGUCAGCAGUCGGAGACGGGAGGGACAGGGCAACACAUGAGGGAGGAUGGGAAUGGAAAAGAGGUGCCAGGAAGUCAGAGGAGACCUGAAGGAGUUGAUGAGGAUCCUCGGGCUAUCAAUCAGAGCGUCUUGAUUCUGAGCAACGAAGUUUCUCAAUCUCAAGCUGACUUCCAUCAGGUCUUUCUCAAGCAACGACUCUCACUCAAAAGCUUGACAAGUCGACUCGCUUCUCACUUCCUCUUGCCCUCUUCUACUCCCAUCGCCCCCCCUGCAGAUGCUCCCUGGCCUGCAUCCUCUUCCCCUCCCCUUGCUGACGUCGAGGCCUCAGAGCAAGUACCUGCUUCUCGUGUCCUGCUUGUCUCUUUACCCUCCUUCAUCUCUUAA